UUCAACAAGCUCAUCUACCAAACCAACAAACUAAAACCCCACUUCCCCAGCAAACAAUCCCCCUACAAGGCAUUCCUCAAAUGGCGUCCCGGCUGGUCGAGAGCCACCGCGCCGGCGCCGAGGUGCUCAAGGGGGACGAUAUCUGCAAGAAGAAGUGCGUCGAGCUUCUUGAAGAGCUUGGCCUCCCGAAGGGCCUCUUUCCUAUGGACGACAUCGAGGAGGUCGGGUACAACCAUGAGAGUGGGUUCGUGUGGAUAGUUCAGAAGAAUAAGAAAAAGCACACCUUCAAGAAGAUCAACCAGACCGUCUCCUACGACACUGUGGUGACCGCUUUUGUGGAGAAGGGCAAGAUUAAGAACGUCACCGGAGUUAAGAUUGAGGAGUUGUCUUUGGUCGAGGUCUUUGUGGAUGAGUCUUCUGCUGAUAAGGUCACCAUCAAGACCGACGCUGGUCUCUCUGACACCCAUGAUGCGUCCGUGUUCGCUCUCGGAGAAUAGGGACCUACUAGUCAGAAAGUCCAGAAGAAUAAAGUGAGAGAAUGGUUCGGCACUACAAUUCACAUGUUAUGCAGAAGUAUAUGUUCCGUUUUCUUUGUAAUCCAAUAAAGGCAUAGUUCUGCAUA